AUGCCCUUGCCCGACAGAAGUGUUCGGGUUGCUUACGUCUACCUGGAUGAAUCCAACUUCAAAAUCAGUGGUGAAACAGCCUACAAGGAGAGUCACCGGAUCGACCCCAAAGAACGCAUAGACUGGCAUUACGAUGUCCGCGCGCUCAAAGAUAUCAUCCGCAGAGGCACCGGGAUGGAAGUUGACGAAGAGGUAAAUCUCAAUGUUUAUGGAUCUAACCUUGAGCGAAGUCUUGUAUUGCAAGAUCUGAACCUCCAUUCUUCCUUUGUGUUCAGCUCUCGUCGGAAAAGGAAGCAACCCGAGAAACAGGUUGAUACUAUGCUGGUCAGAGACAUGGCCCUGGAUACUGUCCAUCUCCAGGAAUUCAAGGACAGUGGUGUUUUUGUUCUUGUUUCUGGAGACAACGACAUGAUUCCAUCGGUCGCAUAUGCUCUUCAGUGUGCGUACACUGUGCAUGUCUUUGCUUGGAAAGGCUCCGUGUCUGAUGAAUACACACGACUUGCGCACGAUGGCGAUAUCAAACUUACACUUCUGGACAAGUUCCUGGACACUCUCACCACGACAAACUUGAGUGUUCCUAUGGCGAAACUUCGCUUCCCUCACAAUUGUGUUGUACGUCUCAAACAUGGUGUCAAUAAAUUGGGGGACAAGCUCGCUGAGUAUUUUCAUCGCUCGCGCAAGCUCUAG